CCCAGGGACCUGUCACCACUAGCGUAAAUGAAAACAAUGCACACUUGAAUGAAUCUUUAAUCUAGAAACAUGUCCAACAGUUUGUUUGAGGGCAUUUUUGAAGCCUAUCAAGAGACUCGUUAUUGCGAUUUGGAAAUAUGCGGGCAAAUGUCCCAUAGCAAACAGAUGAAACCCAUCUUGUGUCACAAAUUGGUCGUGUGCUCAUUCAUUUCAAAGUGGGAGAAUCUCAUCAAAGAUGACACGGAUUACAUCUCGUUACCCAAUUUUCGACACGAAGACUUGCAACGAUUUUUUUCUCGACUCUACGAAUCCCUUCUUCCCGGUCAUAGCUCUAACUUGAAGGAGCUUGACGUUAACAUACUGGCGUUCCUCGGAGUUGAAAGCUUUCAAAUUGAAACAUUUGCCACUCCAGAACUCUUAGCUCAAGAUGAGUUGGCCAUGCACCACGACCCAAUAUCGGGGAUUGAUGACUAUCUUGAUUUGGCUUUGGACCAUGAGGAUGCUGUGAGUAUCUUCCAUGACUACUCUUCAGAAGACUAUGAUGAUCCGAAAGAUCCCUUGUCAAUCUCGCCAGAAUGGAAAGACCCUCUUUCUCCCAACCCAAGCGAGCCAAAAGUAAAAGAUGAAUCCGAAGUUGUGGCUCUCAAGAUCCAAACCAAGAAGAGAAAGCGGAUCGACUCUAAAGUGCAGCUAUCCAAAGCCAAGCGAAAGGCGGCCACCCGAACUGUUGGUAAUGGGAAUGUCCCCAAAUCUCUGAAAAAUCAGCUCGGAAGCCUACAUGCCAAGUUGGCCAGGAAUCAGCAAUGGAUACAAUCCUCGGUUGGUAAACAUGUGAUCGAAUUAGCCACGAUUUACAAAUUGUUAAAGGGGGAAUGUCACGGUCAAUUGAAAAUUGAUGUGACCACCCAUAAUGUUGGAUCCAAAUAUCAAGCUAUGAUGGACAGCCUUACGGAACGAAAAGAUGCCUUCUUUGCGCUCAUAGGAGUCCAGGAAAUCGGAAAUGACAUGGUGGGCCAAGCGUUAGCAUGGACCAGUGACGAGUUCAAGGCCUUAAAUUGCAGCCUAACCAAGACCAUAGAAGCAUUUCAGUCCGUGUUCGGUCUAGCUCGAGUGCCGCUUUUGGGAGCGAAAUCUUUUUUGGACGUGUGUUGCAAAAGUGAGGGCAUCUCCCAUGAUCUGUAUCGAAAGUUCGUCUUCCAAAGUAGCCGCCAACAACUGGCCAACGAGUUAAAACGGGCCGAAAUAGUUGAAGGGUUUGCAGUCACGCCCCCAACAAGGAAGGACCUGAGCCUACCGUUGUUCAAUUAUACCAUCCAAAUGACUGAGAAACUUGAUGUGUUGGAUGACAUUCUCUUGGUAGGCGUCUACCCGCAUGGAGUAGAAAUUCGAAAAGUGACUGUACCCACACCCCAUCUUACAUCUACUCCAGAAAGGAUGCUAUCACGGCUCUUGAGAAUGGUGUGGGUGGGAGGGAAUAAAAAAGAUAAGUUCAAAGCCACCUCAUUCAUGACUGAAAUAUUUUUAAAGAACGCUCGUCUGAUUUAUACCAAGAAAAAGAUAGAGCGACUUCUAGCCAGUGAUGAAGAGAUCCCCAGACCUCUGCCCACGGUCAUUUGUGACAUUUGCGGUAAGCAAAUCCAGGAGAAUACUUGCAUGACCAAUUUGCUUCAACAUCGGCAGAUCCACAGCCUGAUGGAGUUUGAAUGUCAAUGUGGUAUCUCCUUCAGAUCAUUUGCCCACAAAAAGCAACAUUACCAGGAAAAUCACGUGGGAGAAGCACCCAUCGAACCGUAAAAGAAAAGUCAUCAACGCUCAUCGCACGAAGUUGAAGGCCAAUACAUUUGCGACACCUGCGGCAAGGUCUUUCAAUCCCUGACCAAUUUCCACCGGCAUAUCAAACGGAACCACAGCUCCAUUCCAUGUGAAUAUUGCGACCAGGAGUUUGAGUCUGUGCCCAUUUUUCGGCGUCAUUGUGAAUAAGCUCAUCCAAGUGUGGAGGCCAAACUUCCGGAUGGUUGGUUGUCUUGUCCGGAAUGCGAUUUAGGCUUCCCUCGGAAGCAAGACUUGUCCCGGCAUAUGAAGACUUUGCACGUGCUGAAAGCCCACAAAUGUGGGCAAUGCCAGAAAAGUUUCACCGAUAAGUACAAGCUGAAGUACCACGUGUUGAAUGUUCA